UUUAACAAUCAACUUUAAUUGGUGGUUACCAGGAUAAAAAAAGGGGAGGGAGACAAGUUGAAACUGAUUUCUCCCAGAAGUAUUUUUUCUCCACUCAUGAGGAUGGCAUGCAGAGUUUAUAUUGUUGGUGUCUUUCUUCUGUUCGGACUUUUGCUUCUCAUCACUGAGGGUAAGAGGAACUAUGGAUUAAUAUUCACUGCCCGUCCCCCUCGCAACAAUUCAGAACGGACACAGCAUUCAUUGCCACAGAGGGGCUCAAUAAUUCAUAAGAACAGAACUGAAACUCCAUCUGUUAAAAGGAUGUUAGGUCUGGACUCUGGGGCCGUGUAUGUCACUGAUCGGAGCUCCUUGAAAAAGGACUGGUGUAACGCAGAGCUGCUGGAGCAAACCAUCCAUGAGAAAGGCUGCAAAAGUCGUGUUAUUUUGAACAGAUUUUGUUACGGCCAAUGCAACUCCUUUUAUAUCCCAGGGUACACGCGCAAAGGAGAGAGCUUCUUCAAAUCCUGUUCCUUCUGCAAACCUGAUAAAUUCAACACUAAGCUAAUUGUAUUGCGUUGCCCAGAUCUUCGUCCUCCAUGGAAAGAAAUGAUGAUCACACGAGUUAAGAGUUGCCGCUGCACAGCCAUAAAUGUGGAUUAGGAGGUGACUCUUGGGUACCUGCUGUCGUUGUCUCUUUGGGUAAGGGCACCUCAACCUAUCUGGGUGUGUCUGAGCAGGACACAAUUCAAAUAUAGUCACUACAGCAGAAUGUAUGGAAGUGUGAACUUCAGCUACAAAAGCAGGUGUAUGGAGUAGCACUACCACAUGGAGAGCAAGUCAUCACUUUUUUACACGUAGUCCUAUUCCCGGGUUUGGUAUCUCACUAAUUUAUUUGUGUGCUGGGCUUCCUACAUGGUGAUGUCCACAUGUUUCUAGAAUGUAUGCCAUCAACUCUCUUGAUUAUUAAUAACUGUUGUCUGUGGGGACAUUCAUGGGUUUUAAAUGGAGCUGCUUCCUGAAGGUCAUGUCAAAAUGGAGGCAGCUGGAGGUCUUACAUAAACAUGCUUUGUAAAUAGUAUUUAUUUAUAAUAAUCCUAAUAAAGGAGGCAAUUGUGAUUUUAA